AUGGCAAUAAGAAGACAUAAAAGAAGAACCCACGUUGUCCAAACGGAUAAAGAAUAUACAAGUGUGCCGAGGUCCAUGGUGAUCCAUCUUGGAACCGCCCAGAAAAACCACACCCUUGGACAGUUGGUUAAAGAUGUUAGAAAUAUGAUGCAACCACAUACAGCAGUGAAGCUUCGUGAAAGAAGGAGCAAUAAAGUGAAAGACUUUGUCUCUGUUGCUGGAACUUUUGGAGUCUCGUUCUUAAUGAUUUUCAGUCAGAAUGAGAAAACUGGAGGUAUCCAUCUUCGAUUUGCCAAGAUGGCACAUGGACCUACGAUAUCUUUUAAAAUUCUUGAAUAUUCUCUAUGCAAAGAUAUUUCAAGAACUUUGCAUAAUCCCAAGUCCUUGGCUAGGGGUAGUGUUGAAUAUCAGAGUCCCCCAUUACUUGUGUUGAAUGGAUUUACCAAUCCGAAGGAAGCAGCCUCCUAUGAGAAGUUGGUCAUUACCAUGUUCCAAAACAUGUUCCCAGCAAUUACACCUCAAACUAUUAAAGUUGGAACUAUUAAGAGAGUUCUUCUUAUAAAUAAGGAUAAGAAGUCUGGAAUAAUCGAUGUGAGACAUUAUGCUAUAGAUACUAAAUUGGUGGACGUUUCAAGGAAUGUGCGCAAAUUGGUUUCUAUGAAGAAUAAGCGUAAUAAGAAGAUUCCAAACCUAUCCAAGGUGAAGGAUGUUGCAGAUAUCAUUUUAGAUCCAUAUGCACAGGCCGCAUUUACGUCGGAUUCAGAGGUAGAUACCGAUGCUGUUGUAGAGGUUCGAGAAGAGAAAGAAGAGAAUGUGACCAAACUUAAGGAAAAGGCGGAAAUUAAAGUAGAUACAAUGGAAGAAGGAGAGGAAAGUGGUGAUGUUAAGAGGAAAAAAGCGGUUAAGUUGACAGAAAUUGGACCUAGAAUGAGGCUCGAGUUGGUGAAGAUUGAGGAGGAAGUGUGUGGAGGUAAAGUUCUGUAUCAUUCGUAUAUUCACAAAAGUGAAGAAGAGGUUGAAUUGAUGGACGAAUUACAAGCCGAUAAGAAGAAGCAGAAGGAACAGAGAAAGAAGCAGCAGAGAGAUAAUAUUGAAAAGAAGAGGAAGUAUAAGAAGGUUCGAUUUGCAGGAGCGGGUGAUGCGAAGAAGGAAGGUGAUGAUGUUGAAAUAGAUGCUGAUGCUGAUGCUGAUGCUGACGUUGAUGUUGACGUUGACGCUGAUGUUGACAUCUCCUCAAGCAACAGUAACUCAGAUGAUGAUAGACUAUUCGAUGAGUGA